UUUUGCACUGUUGACGUGCUGGUGACUCUGUGGUCUGGUUUUUGCUAAAUUAACUGCUCCUCGUUAAGUCGUCAUCCUCUAAAUACGCCAAAAUGCCACCCACAACCAGGAUUAUUGUUAUUACGCCAAAAGUUUUAAGUCCAUUUUAAUUUUGAACCGCUAACAGGAAAGUUUCCGCUGUUGUAAUGGGAAACACCAAUUCAUUACAUUAACCAACCUGUGAAACAGGAAAGGUUGCAAAAAUUAAGUAUAUAUUAUUACUGUAAAAUACAUUUUAGUGUCGUAAUACUUAAUCGUGUUUUGAUAAGGCGAAUUGUAUAAAGUUGGACCAUCAAAAUCUCUGAAGUACCCGGUUAGGAUUAGGAAAUCUCAUUUAUCUUGGCAGCCCAGGAAUAACUAUUUCAAAACCAAAGAAGGAACCAAGGAACGGGAUUUAAACUUGAAAAUAGAUCAAGAAAAAUGAUUGAAUACGAUUUAAGUAGUCAUAUGACCGUGUCGAAAUGGGCAGUUUCUGCAGCUGUGAUUCUCCUGCUUGUACAUUCUUCUGAGGGCCAAUAUGAUAACACACGGUGCAAGUGCAUCUGCCCUGACCCUGAAGUAGUCAAUUAUAACGGGACGAGCCCAAAUUCGUCAGGCAGCUCUACUAAUAGAACUCUCUAUAUCAGCAACAGCGUCCCUGCAAAUUUAUGCACCUGCGACGAUGUUGUUCUCCCAGUUGUGGAGACAUUUGCAAACAUUAAAGGAAAAACUAGAGAGUUUUGUCCAAGAUGUGACUGCGUGUACGAGAGCAGAAAUUUAGAAAUCAUCAAGGUGGUAGUUAUCAUCGUUAUCUGGGUCGUGUCUCUGCUCAUGAUUUAUAUGUUGUUUCUCAUGUGUUUGGAUCCCCUGCUGAAUAAGCGGAUUAAAAACACAGCAUACCAGGAGCACACGAAUGAAGACGAUGAAUCAGUUGGAGGAGGCAGAACCUCUCAUCCAAUGCGAGUGACGGGUGGUGGAUCUGUGACCUCAACAACUGUGGCGACCAGUUUAGGCCCUUCGUCAAGCGUUUUGAACCGUGUUGGCCAUCAACAGAGCAAAUGGAAGAGACAGGUCCAGGAACAGCGGAAAAAUAUAUACGACAGACACACUAUGUUGAAUUAAUAUAUCCAUUCAACUAUGUCUUUACAGGAUCCGUGAUCGUCGUCUGAUGUCAGAUUCUACAACUCUGAAUGAAGGAAGGUCUUCAUGUACGUGUAAAUGAUGAAUUUGAGAAGAAAACUCAUGCAACAUAUUUUAAGAUCCGGUCUAUAUGGAUGAACAUGCAUAUUAACUACUGUUAAUUAUUUGGCUUGGCAUAUUUGACACUCAAUGUACGUACUUACACAAUUUGUCAAUCGACUGUUGGUUGGUAUUUUCAUUCCUUGUUCUCAGAAAAUUGACUGAACUCUUUAGAACAAAAUUACGUUUACAUUUCUGAACUGUUUUGACUUUUGGGAUUAUUUAUUGUGAAUAAAUUUAGUAGAAAAUGUAGAGUA